CAUGACUUCUUCACUUGAAGAGCUAGCCUUACAGUACAAGAUGACGGAGAAGGAGUCUCAAAUUGAACUGCUUCACCAAAGUGCAGAUAAUUUCAUGUGAAAUACCACUGCCGAUACUAUAGACCCACAGGAGAAAUUCACCAAAUGAAAGGAAAUAUACACACAAAUUAUAGAUAUUUCCUCGGAUGACUACCUUGCAAAUUUUAAUCUGGGUGUUCUCUACUUUACAAAUUAUAAGACUUCAAGCAUCCCAGAUUUUGAUUUACUCCAUACAGCACUAGAAUAUCUCCAAAAGGCAGAGAAAUCUGACCGAAAUUCUUCGGUGUUGUUCAACAUUGCCUUGGUAGAAACCGAGCUUGGAAAUAUAGAACAUGCUAUGAAAACCUAUCAAGAAAUACUAGACCUCAACCAGCAAUAUGAUGAUGAGUGAAUUCAAGAGGAUAUUAAGGCUCAAAAUCAGAUCAUUUAUAAUAAUUUAGCUCUUUUGGCUAAGAACCAAGAUAAUAUGUACCAAGCUAUCAAGUACUAUAAGGAAGGACUUAUGCUUGAUCCUAAGAAUUUCAUCUUUCUAUAUAAUAUCAGCCUGAUAUUUAUUAAAAGCGGCAAGUACAGUCAAGCUAUCAAAUUUCUCAAUAAAGCGAUACUCUACCCAGGUGAGCACAAGCCCAAUGUUGCUUACAAAAUUCUAGCAGAAGCAUAUGAGAAGCUUGGGAAAUAUGAUGAAGCUCUUAAAACGUAUCGUUCCUUAGAAACAUUAGAGGGCAGCACAAAGGACUUGUCCCAGAAAAUCACUAGAAUCGAGAACAUUAUCCUCAGCGAUGAUAAAUUUUCCCUCUCUGAAAAUGAAGAGAAGAAGACUUGCAAGAGUAUUAAAUUUAAAGACCACGAAAAAGAUUCAAAAUUCUCAAAAGCUCUCGAGGCCAUUUGAUCUACAGAUACUAUAAAAUUUAGUGAAGAGGAGAAGCACAAGGAACUUUUAUCCAACAUCGAUGAAAUAAAGGAGAAAAUACUUGAUAAUGAGUCAAACAUGCUUAUCUGAAUUAACCCUCCAGACACCUCAGAAAAGGAAUCAGACAGUAAGCACUAUGAGAACUGGAGUCAAGACAAAUGCAACGACAUCUUAAUAUCCCAGCCUAAGAACAAGUACGCGUAUUUCCGUCUUGGAUGCUUAAACCUCGCCACGAAUCCCAUCAAGGCAAGGGCUUGCUUAAAAGAAUGCCAAGAAAUCGACCCAAAAUUCCGCCCCGGCGACUGAGCCGAGCUGAUCGCCGACUCAAUCAUCAAUGAUGAAAAGAACGAAAACUCUGAAGCACUGCCGUUCUAUGAACAGGCUGGCAAGACCAGCCCAGAGAAAAUCUCUGCCCUGGUCAAGCUACACCGUCUAUCCGCAUUUCAAUUAGCAAAUGAUGAAAAGAUUACAGAAGCGAUAGAGGAACUUGAAAAGGCACGGAAACUUGAUCCGAAAAAUAUUUAUAUUCUAAACAGAUUAGGAGAGAUGUAUAUGAGUAUUGAAACUCCUGAUUUCAAUAUUGCUAAAGAACUCAUUUCAAAGUCGAUAAAGCUAUGCCCUUCAUCCUCUGAAUCUUACAUUAGUCUAGGAAGAAUCUAUAGAAAAUAGUGGGUAACCUAAAAGCUGCUGUGAAAUGUUUUGAAAAGGCUCUCAGAAGAGCUUCAAACCCUUCAGAAGCCUAUUUUCACCUUGCUGACGUAUUUGAAAAGCUACAACAAAAAGAAAAAUCAAUAAAACUAUAUAAGCAGUGCCUUGCUAGAAACAAGAAUGAUUUCCGUGCAUGAGUAUUCUACGCUACUCUCCUAGUACAAGACAAGGAUCAGAACCAAAAGGCAAUGAAAUAUUACCGGCAUGCACUAAAGCUCAGGCCUGACAACCAGU